UUCAAAGGUUUAAUUCCCAUCAUUUUCUCAGGCUUCAACCAACAAUCAUCUUUACCCAAAUCAUAAUCAUCAUUCCCUGCUAUCCAACAAAAUUCUCAUAUAGUUUGGCUUGAGUAUAGAAUUUCUUUCAUUUGAAUUCGUAUUCAAUGUCUAAAAAUAACAAUUAUUUUCUUACACACCCUACCUAGUGGAUUAAUAUCCUUCCAAAUCCGGAACCAAACAUGCUCUCCGGAUUUGGACUCAGGUCACAACAAUUCUCAUCCACCUACAUUUCAAGGUUCCCAAGGCGUCUAGUAUCUCGGUUUCAGUCGACGUCUUCGGCAAGUACAAAUCAAAGCGAGCCAGACCAUCGGAUAGGAACAAUUGUUGGCGAGGUUGACCUAGACUAUUUUCGCAAAGUUGCUUGGGUUCCUCAGCGACCCCUAAUACUACAAGCCUUUCACAACUUGCCAGCCAUACAAAAAUGGUUUCGGCAUGAUGCCAACAAACAGCACCCUGCAUUUUCCCAUUAUAUGAAUGCUUAUGAGAAUACCAUAUUUCCGUAUGAAUUUAACAUCCCUACGAAGGACGUAUUAGCGGAAUUCUUGGCAUGGCUGGAAGAGUCUAGUGAGUACAAUGCCUCUUGCAUGCCAGUGCUAGUUGAAGCCAUGGUACAAUCAUGGCCUCAUAAAGCUGAGCUCUCUUUUCAGCAAUUCGACUCGCCGUUACACUUAAUUAUGAGCGCAUGCCAUUUCAACCAAACCAGACAUGACCCGAACUCUUGUAUCAAAAAUCUCUAUAUCGCUCAGUCCAGUCUCAAUGAUCUUCCUGUACCCCUUUCUCGUGACUUGCCCGUCCCCGACAUAGUCAUGCAUGCUGGCAAGGGGCACGUAUAUAAUUCAAGUAUUUGGCUUGGCCUACAGCCCACAUACACACCCUUACAUCGAGAUCCGAAUCCGAACCUAUUCUGUCAACUCGUCAACUCCAAGAAAAUACGCCUCAUGACACCGGACCGCGGCGAUGAUAUAUACGCCUAUGUCCGCAGGAAACUUGGCUCGCAAGGCAACUCACGAUUCAGAGGCCCAGAGAUGAUGAAGGGUCAGGAACGAGAAUUACUCCAUGACGCCGUUUGGAAUGAUGGAUCUAUCGACGAAGUGCACUUGCAUCCAGGUGAUGCUCUGUUCAUCCCCCUCGGCUGGUGGCAUAGCGUUGCUAGUUAUGAAAUAGAAGGAAAACUCAAUGCCUCUGUGAAUUGGUGGUUUAGAUGAAGCAGUGUAACAUUACGAACAUCGAUUGACCGACAACGCGCCACUUUACAAAUCAAAUUUUCUCUGGUCAGCCAAACAUUACAGGGACAACAUAUUUGAGGAAUUAUCUCGGCGAAAUAAAUCUGAAAAUUUCUAGGUAAUUAUACGGAGUACAUUCUAACCUUCCAACUCUCUCAGCUUCUCCCUGGCCCUCUCCCUAGCUUCGUCGGAGACAUUCUGGUUACUGAUGCUAGCCUUCAACCCACGCGCACUGGAAUGGAUGCCGAUUUAGCUGAAGUACAAGCUGAAGAAGCUACUACUUGAACACUUACAUAUUACCGGGAUCUUUCUGCUCGUCCUGCGAGUUGCCGCUUCCAUGAACACCGUGGAUAUUGUUUGAAGCGUCAACGGGUUCGUCAGUCUCGUUCUCGAGCACCUGGCGAGAAUGGUCUUUGGCUGCUUUUGAGGUGUCUUGGAUAGCGAUCAGGUCGCAUU